GACAUGUGGUAGGCAAAGACUGCACGGCUGUGUCAGGACCACGCUGCAUUCCCUGUGAGACGGGAACCUUCAUGAACAAACCCAACGGCCUGACCAAGUGUUUCUCUUGCUUCUCCUGUGAUCCAGGCUCUGGACUCUCUAUCAAGCAGAACUGCACGUCUGAAUCAGACACAGUUUGUGAUGUUUUACACGGAUAUUUCUGUAAAAGCUGGACAGACAGUUCAGGAUGCAGCACAGCAGCGAAACAUUCAGCCUGUAAACCUGGACAGAGAAUAAAGCUUCCUGGGACCAGCAGAGAUGACACCGUGUGUGAAAACUGUGAAGAAGGAACCUUUUCUCCACAUGGGUUGAACUGCACUCUGUGGACACAGUAAGAUAAUGACACCUUUUAGGUCUUCCUUUCAUUAUAACUGAAAGGACUUUGAUUGAGGAGUUUGACACUGAUCCUCCAAUAAGACUCCACGAAUAACCUGGGUAGAUAGAAACUAACAGAGCAGAAAA